AUGUCCCAAGCCACCCCCACCUUCACAGUGGACCGCGAAUUUACUGAGCUUGAAACCUGCCAAACCCCCAAAGGUGGAAGUUUGUCAAUAACCGCAUUAGCCCGGUUCGAAUUCGAAGCUGGAAAAGGAAACGAUGGUACCAAAAUCCUCAUGAUUGAGUGGGAGGACGAUGAUCUCUCCCGAUCCAUGACCGAUGGGUCAUGGCAUGUCUCCUGGGCCGGAAAGACUUCCGUACUGCCCGCCGAUGAACGGCCUAGUGAUAGCUUACGCCGCUUCUACUUCUUGCUCCCACCCAAUACCACCAUCCCGCCUGUCGUCACGCUUUACUAUGAACCGCGAAUCCCCCGAUCAGACGAGCCAGAUCUCGCCGCCCCUCUGCCUUCUAAGCCACGGGACGCUCUCCGGCUCAAUCCUCUUCCCGCUAUCUUCCCCCUGAACUGGGUGCUACAGGACGUGCAGCAGGCAAGAAGGAAGCGCCUUCGAGUUCUGGAGCAAGAGAUCGAUGCCGAGUCCCGCAACAAUGUGGAAGGUAUUGCGUUGCAUAUGGCCAUUAGUGAGAAGGAGUGGAUUGAGGACAACUUCGGCCUAACUGCGCGCACCGUCGACUCUGUCUCCGGCAGCCAUGAGUCCUCAGUCUAUCCUACAGGGCCAGCGACACCCGUGUCGCCCGUCAGUGGAAAAAAGCUAAGCGACAAGCUUAAAGGAUUAAAGCUCCAGACAAGUGAGAAGGACCUGUCAGUAAACGGAGGCUCAGAUUCCAAUGCCGCCCACCUACUUUCGCCUCAAUCUCCCGAUGUUGCUGUCUCAUCGUUCAGCUCAUUCCGCAAUGUUGCCCAUAGACACAUUCACUCUAUGCCGACACCAGACACCAAUCCCACACCGACACCAGACUCUCACACUAAUCCCUCCGGCCCCGAAUCACUCAAGCCAGUUGCACUUUUCCCACCCUCGGUUUUGCAGGAAGCUCAGCAAAACCAUAACCCCACCGGUUUCGCGGCUAUGGGCACGAUUUCGCGCACUGCAAGCAACGAUUCCGGUGAGGAUUUGUUCGCGAAGGCCCUGAGCCCACGCUCACCAGAUCUCCCUCGAAGCCCUUUCUCAUUUUGUUGA